ACGAUCAGAAUCGAGUGCGCGGCCGGCCGACCUUUUUCUGGCCGCGCCGCGUUUCUUUUCUCUUGUUUGCCGGCACGAUCAUCUUAUCUACAAGGUUGUGCGUUUUGUUUCGUCUCCGCUGAUCAACCAUCCCUCCCCUGUCUUCCGAGGGCGAUAAACGGAAGUCCUCCAUUCUGUCUUUUUCUUGUGGGACCAGCCGAGCAAGGGGCCACCACAUAUACGACAUUAACUUUUCAGCUGAAGCAGUCACAUGCGCAGACAUAUAUGUAUAUACACAUACAGCAUGGAGCAGCAACCGGGCAAGCGAUCUCGAUUACUUCUCCACAUAAAACACCACCGCCAUCACUCCUGUUCGGCUCGCCAUUCCCCAGCUGUCGUUUCCCCUUCGACCUGACGCAGCUAGCCGGUCGCACCACCUUUAGCUCCGUUGAGCACCGUAGACAGCAAGGUUUGGGG